GCCAUCCCAUAUGUUAUCCCGAUAACCUCAGCCUCAAAAUUACAUCCUUAUUUCCUUUGUUUCUUCAUUUUCCUCUUCCACCUACACAUCCACGCUUCGCUUCUAUGUUUGGGAUGUCACUCUGCAGUACCCUGAACAUGUUCUACCUGUAAUUGACAAAGUUUCAAUCUUUGAAGUCGAGGUAUCACCCCGUUCUUAUAGUGUUAAGGGCAGUAAUGUAUAGCUCUUAAUUUAUUUGUUUUCUGAGUUUUUCGUGUCUGGUAGGUUAAAUUCUUGUAGUAGGUGGUUGUUUCAAUUCACUGAAAAUUAUACAGAGUGUAGGAUGAGGAAUUGGUAGGGGUGAGAACACUUGGAGCCUAUUCUGUUGUUAUUGGGAGUUCAAUGCUUAUAAUGGUUGGUAACGCUCAAGGAGCACUGGCUUAUCUUGCUUCCCCGGCCAGUUUGGGAGGUCUAGCUGGAGUGAGUUCGUCUGGGAGAAACCAUUCUAUUGGAAGGAGAGUUUCUCUUUCUGGAGGAAACCUUAAAGGUAGAAGAACAUGGCAUUGUGUCUCCUUGUCCCUUUGUAGAUAUUCAGUGACCACGACUGAUUUCAUACCAGACCAAGGCAAUGCUGUGUCCCUUGACUCUAACAGUGAUAGAGGAAGUUCGGGUACUGGAGAUAAUAAUGCUGGUUUUGUCCUUAAGCCACCUCCAAAGCCGGUAUUGAAGUCUUCAGAGACCAAGGGUAGCUCCAUUUUAGGUGCAAAUUCCGAAGAAUGGGAUCCCUCCAAAGCUAAGCAGUUUGGUAAUGAGAAGUUAGAUGACGUUGAAGAGAGGAAUAAGGUGAUUGAAUCACUCGGAGAGGUGUUGGAGAAGGCUGAAAAGCUGGAAAAUUCAAAGUUGGAUGGCAAAAGAAAUAAUGUACCAGUAAGCAAACCAGCAAUAUCUAAUACAAUCACUAAUCCUAAGACUGAUAAAUUGGCAAACUCGACAACAAACCAACAGUCUAGAACUGUGAAGAGCGUAUGGCGUAAAGGGGACACAGUUGCUACUGUGCAGAAGGUCGCUAAGGAAGCACCCGCUUCCAAGCCUAAAGCUAAGAAUGGAGGAGGGAAAUCUCAAACAGGGGGUGGAGGAAAAGUGGCAUUUCAGUCUACCACUCAGCCACCAUCAAGACCUCAGCCUUUGUUACAAGCUAAACCAUCUGUAGCUCCCCCACCCAUCAAAAAACCUGUUCUGAAGGACAAUGGAUCUGCGGGCACACCAGUUAAAAAUAAAGAAAGGAAGCCAAUUUUGAUUGAUAAGUUUGCUAACAAGAAACCAGUAGUUGAUCCUCUUAUUGCUCAAGCUGUUCUAGCUCCUACAAAACCGGGAAAGGGUCCUCCUCCUGGAAAGUUUAAAGAUGGUUACCGAAAGAAAGGUGCUCCAACCGGAGGAGGACCAAGGCGAAGAGUGUUAGAUGACAAUGUUGACGAGAUUGCUGAUGAGGAUACGUCAGAACUUGAUGUCUCUAUUCCUGGUGCUGCAACAGCAAGAAAAGGGAGGAAGUGGAGUAAAGCAAGUCGAAAGGCUGCAAGACUUCAGGCUGCCAAGGAGGCAGCUCCUGUCAAAGUGGAAAUUCUAGAAGUCAGUGACAAAGGUAUGCUGAUAGAGGAGUUAGCCUACAACUUGGCAAUCAGUGAAGGUGAAAUCCUGGGUUAUCUGUACUCCAAGGGGAUUAAACCAGAUGGUGUGCAAACUCUAGACAAAGAUAUGGUGAAGAUGAUCUGUAAAGAGCAAGGUGUGGAAGUCAUAGAUGCUGAUCCUGUCAAGGUUGAAGGAUUGGUGAAGAAAAGGGAAAUUCUAGAUGAAGAUGAUCUUGACAAACUCAAAGAUAGGCCUCCUGUUAUUACAAUCAUGGGUCAUGUGGAUCAUGGCAAGACAACUCUUUUGGACCAUAUUCGGAAGAGCAAGGUAGCUGCUUCAGAAGCUGGUGGAAUCACACAAGGAAUUGGGGCAUACAAAGUUCAAGUUCCUGUUGAUGGCAAAAAACUGCCCUGUGUUUUUCUUGACACGCCUGGGCAUGAGGCAUUUGGGGCAAUGAGAGCUCGAGGAGCAAGUGUAACAGAUAUUGCUAUCAUUGUUGUAGCUGCUGAUGAUGGAAUUCGUCCACAAACAAAUGAGGCCAUUGCUCAUGCCAAAGCAGCAGGGGUACCCAUAGUUAUUGCUAUAAACAAGAUAGAUAAAGAUGGAGCGAAUCCUGACCGAGUCAUGCAAGAGCUAUCUUCAAUUGGUUUAAUGCCUGAGGACUGGGGUGGUGACAUCCCAAUGGUUCAGAUAAGCGCUCUUAAAGGGGAGAAUGUAGAUGAUCUUUUGGAGACUGUUAUGCUUGUUGCUGAGUUGCAAGAGCUGAAAGCGAAUCCUGAUAGAAGUGCGAAGGGCACAGUAAUUGAGGCUGGUCUGGAUAAAUCAAAAGGACCAUUUGCUACUUUUAUAGUGCAGAAUGGCAUCCUUAAAAGGGGAGACGUUAUAGUUUGCGGAGAAGCUUUUGGGAAGGUGCGGGCUUUAUUUGAUGAUGUUGGGAAACGUGUCGAUUCAGCUGCACCCUCUAUGCCCGUGCAGGUUAUUGGACUGAAUAACGUUCCAAUUGCUGGUGAUGAAUUUGAGGUUGUUAACUCCCUUGAUGCUGCCCGUCAAAGGGCAGAGUCCCGGGCUGAAUCAUUGAGAAAUGAGCGUAUUUCAGCCAAGGCAGGGGAUGGAAAGGUCACCCUUUCUUCUUUAGCUUCUGCAGUUUCUUCAGGAAAGCUUUCCGGGUUAGACUUGCACCAACUAAACAUCAUCUUGAAGGUUGAUCUUCAGGGAUCCAUUGAAGCCAUCAGACAAGCCCUACAGGUGCUACCACAAGAUAAUGUCACCUUGAAGUUUUUGUUGGAAGCAACAGGUGACGUUAGCGCCAGUGAUGUUGACCUUGCAGUUGCAAGCAAAGCUAUUAUUUUGGGGUUUAAUGUCAGAGUACCAGGUUCUGUAAAAAGCUAUGCAGAAAAUAAGUUUGUGGAGAUUAGAUCAUAUAGAGUUAUUUAUGACCUAAUUGAUGACGUGCGGAAUGCAAUGGAAGGACUUCUGGAGCCUGUCGAGGAUCAAGUAACGAUUGGCUCAGCUGAAGUAAGGGCCACAUUCAGCAGUGGCAGUGGUCGUGUUGCUGGAUGCAUGGUUACAGAGGGAAAAGUCUCAAAAGACUGUGGCAUUCGAGUCAUUCGUAAAGGCAGGGUUGUUCACACUGGUGUGCUUGGCUCUUUGAAACGAGUAAAGGAGAUUGUGAAAGAGGUAAGUGCUGGUCUAGAGUGUGGAAUUGGUUUAGAAGAUUACGACGACUGGGAAGAGGGAGAUAUUAUCGAGGCAUUCAACACAGUUCAGAAGAAGAGGACCCUUGAAGAGGCAUCGGCUUCAAUGGCUGCUGCAGUGGAAGGAGUAGGAGUAGAGUUGUAGAAUCACAUGCUACCAUAAGAUUGGUUCAUAUCAUGUCUCUGACAUAGUAGCGCAAGUGGGUUUGGCAUUUUCCUGAAGCAAUCGCUGUCUGUUUUUAAUGGCUUGACAUUAAUGGCCAGAUACCAAUUCCCACUUCAAAAUUCAGGGCGGGCUACUGAAGAUCUGAGUUCAAAGUCAUUUGUUCCAUUGUUGCAUACAAGAACAGUGUAUAUAACAGCGUACAUUAGAUUCAGCUUCUUGUAAAGAGGGAACUUGUCUUCAAGUCACAAGUUUACCAGCUUGGGCUCUGAAGUGCUUGUAAGUUGUAACAACCACAUACGCUGAGAAAGGAAAAAAAAUCCAAUUUUUGAGUGACUUUUUCAUGAUGCUCUGAAAUGGAUGCAUUUUCUUAUCAGAA